CCGGAAGCGAUCGUGGGAGGUCAGGGCACCAAGAUGGCGGCGCGCGCAGCGUGUGUGGCUGUCUGCCGGCGCCUGCAGCAGGAAUUGGGGAAUUCAUCUAUAAAUGGUGCUAGGAGCAGUACAAUCAGAACUCGAGGCCUCCUGUUCAGUGCCAGGAUGAAGUGGGUACCAUUGUCAAAUCUGCACAUGGAUGUCCCAAAGGAUCUGGUCAGACCUACGAUAACCACUUCUGAUGAGCCAGACACGUUGUACAAACGCCUGUCCAUUUUAGUGAAAGCCCAUGACAAGGCUGUAUUAGACAGUUAUGAGUAUUUUGCCGUGCUCGCUGCUAAAGAACUUGGCCUUUCUAUUAAAGUACACGAGCCACCCAGGAAAAUAGAGCGCUUCACUCUCCUCAAGUCAGUGCACAUCUUCAAGAAGCACAGAGUCCAGUAUGAGAUGAGGACGCUCUACAGAUGUCUGGAGUUAAAACAUUUGACCGGAUGCACAGCCAAUGUCUACCUGGAAUACAUCCAGCGAAACCUACCUGAAGGGGUGGCCAUGGAAGUGACAAAGACACAGAUACAGCAGUUGCCAGAGCACAUCAAGGAGCCAAUGUGGGAAACAGUUUCCGGGGAGAAAGAAGAAACCAAAUCAUAAACCUCAGACAGCAGCUGUGCGGGGACCUGAACUGAGCAGACCUGUGUGUCCCACAGAGAGGCCCCGGCAAGGGGAGCCAGGGCCCCUGCCCUUGCUCUGUUGGGUCCUCAGCAGGGCAGCCAGGUGUGGGUCUGGGGAAGAACCACUGUAUCUGUUCUUUUUUUUUUUUUUUUUUUUUUUUUAAAGACUUAUUUGUUUGUUUAUUUAUUAUAAGUACACUGUAGCUGUUUUCAGACACAGAUGCAGAGUGCAUCAGAUCUCAUUACGGAUGGUUGUGAGCCACCAUGUGGUUGCUGGGAUUUGAACUCAGGACCUCUGGAAAAGCAGUCAGUGCUCCUAACCACUGAGCCAUCUCUCCAGCCCGUAUCUGUUCUUUAUACCAGGCUAUGCCUGUGUUCUGAUUUGAACAAACAUUAGCAAACUUCGGUAUGACCCGAAACAAAAGAACCAGAUUUAAACCCUGUGUAGCACUGCCAACUUCUUGUUAGCUUGCGCUAAUUUUAUUUUAUUUUGUUUUUAUUUAUUUAUACAUUCAUUCCUUCAUUUUUAUUUCUGGAACUCAAAGAGAUCUACCUGCCUCCCCCUCCCAGAUGCUGGAUUAAAGCUGUGUCUACCAUGCAUGGCUGGUUUGUGGUAAUUUUAAAUGUUUACUUGUUCAUUCACACGCAUUUUUACUCCCUAAACAACCUGUGGUAAAAUGGAUGCUGGGCAGUUUAGAAUGUGGCCUUUGUGCAGCCAGUGUGUGUUGCCUGGAGGUGACAGCUAAUGUCAACACUCUGCAUACUGCAGUGAGUCUUUGCUCUCAAGCGAUUAGCAGUGUGUGUCCUGUGAUUCAUUCAUUCACCAAGCCUUUAUUCAGUGAACUCUGCCCCAGGACUGUGGUGAGACCCAGUGAUUAAACAGAACCAAUGGCUUGCA